AAACAACAAGAGACCAAUGGCUACUACUGCAUUUAUGUAAAUAUGCUGACCACUACAACCUAAUCCCCAAAAAGUUUUACCAUGGAGAAAAUUUCAGUGUCAGCAUUCUUACUCCUUUUGGCCCUCUCCUACACUUUGGCCAAAGAAACCACUGUCAAACCUGGAGCUAAAAAGGACAUCAAGGACUCUCGGCCCAAACUGCCCCAGACCCUCUCCAGAGGUUGGGGUGAUCAGCUUAUCUGGACUCAGACAUAUGAAGAAGCUUUAUACAAAUCCAAGACAAGCAACAAACCCUUGAUGAUAAUUCAUCACUUGGACGAAUGCCCACACAGCCAAGCAUUGAAGAAAGUGUUUGCUGAAAAUAAAGACAUCCAGAAAUUGGCAGAACAGUUUGUUCUCCUCAAUCUAGUUUAUGAAACAACAGACAAACACCUUUCUCCUGAUGGCCAGUAUGUCCCCAGGAUUAUGUUUGUGGAUCCAUCCCUGACAGUCAGAGCAGACAUCACUGGAAGAUAUUCAAACCGUCUCUAUGCCUAUGAGCCUGCAGAUACAUCUCUAUUGUAUGACAAUAUGAAUAGAGCUCUCAAGCUACUGAAGACUGAGUUGUAGAGAAAAAGCAAACUGCAAACUCCUCCCUUUGUGUGUGGGCCUGAGACUUGGAACUAGAGAUUUUAGAAGACCAGAAGAUGGCGAUGCACUGAUGGGCAUAGAGUUUAUUAUGGUUUCAUGUUACAAAAACUAUUUAAAGAAAGAAAAAAAUUGGUUUCAAGCACAUGUGAAAAUAUUAUCAACUACUCUAGCA